CUUUCUCUCUCUCUCUCUCGCCGUCUUCUUAUCACCACAAUCGAUGAUGUCGAAUCCUCGUCAGUCAGUGUGGCUGCGUCACGUGGCAGAUGACCUCACUCGCCUGUUUGCGGCAUCUCGUAAUGACGUCAUUCAUUCCAAAUUCUCCGAGGCCAUACUUUUCCUUGCCCAGAUCAAUCCUCCUCGAGUCUUCUACCCAUCUUAGCUCACGGUCCAGAUCAAUCUGAACAAUCAAUCUCGGACAAUGGUUUCAUUGUGGCAUAAGAAAAAGGACAAUCCCGAGGGAGGGGAUCAGCCUGCCCGUGAGGAGGAUGACCACCAGUCCUCUCGAUCCCGGCACUACUAUCGCGAACCCGACGAACGGACAAGACUCCUUCCACGCGACAAUCCCGCCUACUUGAAUCCUGAUGACCCUGCUGUCUCCCCCUACAACCUCUGGAGCAUUCGUGCUCUGCGAGGCCUGUCCUCGCUCUUCCUGGCAAUCAGCUUCAUCUGGUGGACCUUUUUGAUCGUCUCCAUUUUCGUUAGCCCUCCCUUGAUGCACACCCGUGGCUCUGGCUUCUUCGGCUUCUCCUACACCACCCUUACUGUCGGCUAUCUCGCCAUUGGCCUUCUGUUCUUUGCCGUUCCGUCCAAGCCCAUGACCAUCUGGGGCAUUGUGUUAGCAAUCUUUCUCCUAGUCGAUAUGUGCAUCAUUCUCGGAGUCCCCCAAAUCCGCGUCGAGGAAGGCUGGGUGGGCAUCGCCUCCGUGGUCUGGGCGACGUUUAUCUCGUUCUACAACAUCCUCCAGAAUCAUUUCGUCGCGUGGGGGAAGCGGCAGGAAGAAGAGCGGUUGACGGGUCGCGAGGAAACCCGUCGAUCUCUGCGGGAAUGGCUGGCUGUACUGGUUGAGACCGUCGUCAUGGCGAUCCUAGGAAUCGUCACCAUUCUCUUUACCGCAACCCUGAUCUUGCGCGCCCGCGACGCCUCGCUCCCCGCCCCUGGGGAUCAGUACUAUGUCAACGGCAACAACUACCGCGUUCAUCUCGCCUGCGUGGGUAACGUCACGAAGGAUAACGUUGAUGGCACCGCUUCGUCCCGUCGGCAGCCUACAAUCCUGCUCGAGGGUGGCGAAGAACCCGUCGAAUACACCCUGCAGCCAUUUGUCGACGCUGCCUACAAAAACGGUACCAUUGAUCGCUACUGCUACUGGGACCGACCGGGCCUCGGCUGGUCUGACAACGCUCCGUCUCCCUAUUCAGCCGGAAUGGCGGCCGACGCAUUGUCGGAGGCGCUGGCGUUGGCCGGCGAAGAAGGGCCCUGGGUUAUCGUGUCUGCCGGCGUGGGCGGAAUCUACAGCCGCAUCUUCGCCAGUCGCCACCUCCUCGAGAUCGACGGCCUCAUGCUCAUCGACUCCUUGCAUGAGGACUACCUAGGCAAAGUGGGCUCCCCGGGCUGGGGCUUCCUCCUCUGGCUACGCGGCGUGCUCUCGCCGCUCGGUCUGGACCGGCUGGCGGGCGCCAUCUUCAAGGGCCGCUCGCGCGAGGACCGGGUUUAUGGCCGCAGUGCCUACCAGACGGGCAAGUUCAUCAAGGCCAAGUUGCAGGAGAGCCUGGUGGCCGGGUCCAUGACGGCGUCGGAGAUCCAGACCGCUCGCCAUGUGCAGAUUGCCGACACGCCGUUGGUGGUGGUCAGCUCCGGCGUGGAAGUCCGCAAGAGCGAGAAGUGGGCCAAGACUCAGGAGGACCUGACUACCGUGACCAAGAACCUGAAGGACUGGGAUGUGGUCCAGGGCGCACCGCAUGAAGUGUGGAAAUCGUUUGCGGGACGAACGGUUCUGGAGCGAAGAUUAGGGCAAUUGGCCAAGGGUCAAAAGAAGUAAUCUACUUGCGAUGCCCAGUCGGUGUAAUGGUAAAUUGUACCUGAUAUGGAUGUUUUCUAAUCUGAUGAUAUACGCCAUGUCUUCCCUUUUUUGUACUUUUUUUCUUUGGUUGUCUUUAUUUUUAUUUUUUAUUUUUACCUUGAUUCUUUUCAGCUAUUAUGUUAAUGAUUGGUAAUGUGUUCUUUCAACGUGUUCGAAAGUUAAUGAG